CCCCGCCCACAGAGGGCUGCGGCCGAUUCUCCGUAGACAGCGAGCGGACACACAGAGUUUGUCCGAGCUCCUGGAGGCGUCCUGCCGACACGAGCGAGCCGCUUCCCGUCUCUCUCUUUAAAGGUGCUGAAACCCGAAGCUGUUCACGAGCCUCAAACUUUUAUUUACCUGCGGACAGAUUUCAGUGGCUCUGUGGAGGCUGUGCCGAGGAGUCCAGUAAAGACUGCUGCAGGACCCAGACGCUCAGUCAGACCUCCACUCGAGGGCGCUUCAUACAGGCUCAUACGUGACCUGCAGAGAGGCCACGACGAGCCUUAAAGGCGGUGACUGGAUGUUUUAACCCUCCUCAGACUUCAGUAAAAGCCUUUGGUCUCACCACCGCGCAGGUUACUGUCUUCAUGGCAGCCAAAAACAAAUGGGGGACGGUGAAGGACCAAGUGACUGGAGGCCCCCCAGCAGACGCUGACGCCAGGGUGGAGGCGAAUCUGGAGAAUGCCGACCCCGAACUCUGCAUCCGCCUGCUGCAGGUUCCCACAGUGGUGAACUACUCGGGUUUGCAACGGCGGUUGAAGGCCAGCGAUCAGUCCUGGAUGGUGCAGUUCCUGGAGCUGCGGGGUCUGGACCUGCUGCUGGAGGCCCUGGAGCGUCUGUCGGGUCGCGGCUGUGCCCGCAUCUCUGACGCUCUGCUGCAGCUGACCUGCGUGGAGUGCGUCCGAGCCGUCAUGAACUCGUCUGCAGGACUGCACUUCAUCCUGGACAAUGAGGGCUACGUCAGGACGCUGGCUCAGGCUCUGGACACAUCCAACGUCAUGGUGAAGAGGCAGCUGUUUGAGCUGCUGGCUGCUCUCUCUGUCUUUGACCCUCAGGGUCACCACCUGGCCCUGGAUGCGCUCGACAACUACAAGAGUCUGAAGACGCAGCAGUAUCGCUUCAGCGUGAUCAUGAACGAGCUUCACGGCACCGAUAACGUCCCCUACAUGGUGACGCUGAUGAGCAUGGUUAACGUCCUCGUGCUGGGGGAGGAGGAACUGAGGAAGAGAGACCGACUGCGGCAAGAGUUCAUAGGGUUGCAGCUGCUGGACCUGCUCCCCAGGCUCAGGGAGACGCAAGAUGAGGACCUGAACAUCCAGUGUGACGUGUUUGAGGACUCGCUGACGGAGGACAUGGAGGACAUGGAGAGGCUGUACGGAGGGAUUGACAUGAGCAGCCACCAGCAGGUCUUCACGUCGCUAUUCACCAAGGUGUCCAGCAGUCCAUCCUCUGUCCAGCUGCUGUCCAUCCUUCAGGCCUUGUUGUUGGUGGGUCCAGACAGAGCUGAGGUCUGGCGUGCUCUGGCACUGCUGAUGGAUAGAGCCACCCUGCUGGCCCAAGACCCUGAAUUAGAUUCUGCCGAUGGGCUGCUGGAGAAGCUCCUCCCCCAAAAGUCCUACGUAGCCAAUCACAGGAUCCGUACUGUCGACAGGGCGGUCCAGGCUAGACUACCAGACAGUCCUCCUAGCCAAUCAGAGGCACUCACCAAAGAUGCUGUGAGAUCCACUGCUUCCAUAGUGCCUCCUCAGGCUCCUCCCUCUUCCUGUGCUCCCCCUCCCCCUCCCUUACCUUGGGCAGUUGCCCCUCCCCCACCCCCUCCUCCUCCCUUACCUGGUGCAGGAGCUCCUCCCCCACCACCACCCCCUCCUCCUCCCCCUCCCUUUCCCUUACCUGGUGCAGGACCUCCACCCCCUCCCCCUCCUCCAGGUGCCAUCACAGCCCAGACAGUUCAAAGUCUGGGCAGGUCAUAUAACAGCUCCGCCCCUAACACAAGCCACACCCCCUGCCCUACACUGCGGAUGAAGAAACUGAACUGGCAGAAACUUCCCUCCAGACUGGUGUCGGACCACCAGUCUUUGUGGACGUCGUCUUCUGACUCCAUGGAGCCGGAUUACUGCAACAUUGAGCAGCUCUUCAGUCUCCCUCCGACUGAGACCCAGACCAGGACCAAAUCCAAGACGGAGCCCAAAGAGGUUUCCUUCAUCGACGCCAAGAAGAGCCUCAACCUCAACAUCUUCCUCAAGCACUUCAAAUGUUCCCAUGAGGACUUUGUGGAUCUGAUCCGAAGGGGAGACAGGUCUGUGUUUGAUGUGGAGGCCCUGAAACAGCUGAUCAAACUGCUUCCAGAGAAACAUGAGGUAGAGAACCUGAAGUCUCACCAGGCAGACCGGGACAAGCUGGCAUCAGUGGAUCAGUUUUACCUGCAGCUGAUUGAUGUUCCCAGUUACCCUCUGAGGAUCGAGUGCAUGCUGCUGUGUGAGGAGAGCAGCUGUGUGUUGGAGACUGUGAAGCCCAAAGCUGAGCUGUUGGUCCGAGCCUGCCAGAGUGUGAAGGAGAGCACCCGGCUGCCCCGCUUCUGUAAACUCAUCCUGAGUGUUGGAAACUUCCUCAACUACGGGACUCACACGGGGAACGCCGAGGGUUUUAAGAUCAGCACUCUGCUCAAACUGACAGAAACGAAAGCCAACAAGUCGAGAGUCACGCUGCUGCACCACAUCCUGCAGGAGGCUGAGGAGAACCACCCCGACCUGCUCAACGUGCCCGCUGACCUGGAGAUCUGCGCAAAGGCUGCUGGGCUCAGCGUGGACUCGAUUCAGUCUGAAACAAAUGCUCUGAUCAAACGGCUGAAAAACUCUGAGAGGAGCGUUUCCUCCUCAUCUGAUGACGUGAAGGAGCAAUACCUGUCCACCAUACAGGAGAGCCUGCGGGCUGUCGAGCAGCUGGAGGUGCUGAUGUCAUCGGUGGAGCAGCAGAGAAAGGACUUGUCCGCGUACCUGUGUGAGGACAGCAGCAGCUUCUCCCUCGAAGAGCUCUUCAGCACCAUCAAGACCUUCAGAGACCUGUUCCUCCGAGCCCUCAAGGAGAAUGAAGCUCACAGGGAGCAGGAGAAGAGGAGGAAGAAGCUGGAGGAGGAGAAGAAACUCAGAGGAGACGCCCCCACUGGCAAGACCAUCAGGAUGGACGUGCCCAAUCAGGACGAAGGCUGCAUCAUCGACAACCUGCUGGCUGACAUCAGGAAGGGCUGCAACCUGAGGAAGACCAGGCCGCGGUCUGAGAGGGCCAGCAGGGUCCACGGUCAGCCUGGGGUCACUCAAAGGUCACUGGCCACAGCCCAGCCCCAUUUGUCCACGUCCAGCCAAUCACAGGAGCCUCCAGAGGUGGUCCAGUUCCCCACAGAUCCACCUGCUGAAACCAGACCAGAACCAGAGCCAGCAGGACCCGAUGGAGGUCUCUCAGAGAUCCAGAACCCCACUACACACUCCAUGACUGAACUUCAGGGCGUGCAGUCUAAAUUGGACUCUGAUCCUACACUGGAGCAGGAAGUCCAGCUCCGAGCAGCUGAUCCAGCAGAAAACCAGGAUGUUAACCCGGGCAGCGAAGACCCUAACCCGGGCAGCGAAGAUGAUUCUGGUCCACAGCAACCCUCAAAGACCUCCUCAAAGAUCAGAUCAGCAGGAGGCGGCGGUCACACAGGAAGAAAACGCUCGAAGAAAAAGAAGACCUGUGUACUUCAGUGAGGUGAAUGGAGGGGGACUUGUUUCCAGGGUAACAGGACUGCACCUGCAGGAAAACAAACUGAUUAAAAGAUCAAAAAGAAAACUCACCUGAAAACAUGUCAAGACUUCUGAUUGGCCACAUACAUGAAAUCACUGUACCUGAGCUCACAAUUGGAUUCUCUGUAGCGUCCAGCAGGGGGCGACUCCUCUGGUCUGAUGUGUAUCACCUGUCUGACCUCAGAGCACAUUCACCUUCCUCCUGACAGCUUUUCAGAUUAAAAGCGCACUCCCGCCACCACCACCACCCCCCACCCCACCCCACCCCACCACCACCACUACCAAUACCACUACCACACACAGACACAAACGUUCAGGUACAGAUGAGUCCCCCCGAGUUUUGAGAUUUUAUGUUCUUAUUGUUGCAGAAAAUGUUCUGCUGAAUUUUACUGACUUCACCUGUGAGAAUAAAAGUU